AUGGUUGGAGGCCAGAGACGGCAAGCCCUGAAGCAUUAUCAGCGCGAUUUCUAUGCGCACAAUGCUGCUGCUUCAAAAGCAGUGAAUAACGAUACCAAUGAUGUGCCUCGACACACACAUGAUGUUCAACAACGCAAGCACAGCAGUUUUGAAACAGGACAAAGUGGGCGGUUGAACGUCUCUUCAGCCUACUACACCAUUCCAAAUUCUCCAGGGAAACGCCGUCGUGGAGAUUCAGAAGUCCUACUGGAGACUACAGAGUUUAACUUUACAACUCUCAAUGACUUUCCUGAUAACCUUCAAAAUGACACGCCAGAGUUUGCCUUGCGCUUAUGGGAAUCCGAUGCCAACUUGUUCUUGGAAGAAUUCCUCCGUCUGGAGGGUCAGGGCGACUAUUCGCAAGAUGUUUGUGUUUGUGGUGAGGAAGCUGUGAUAUAUCGUUGUCAGGAUUGUCAUGGUUCCGAGAUGUUCUGUCAUUUGUGUAUGGUCCGUGUACAUGAGAGACAGCCAUUUCAUAAAAUGGAGCAUUGGGAUGGCAUCUCAUUCAACGAUAUUACCUCGAAGUCCAUGGGGAUCCAUUUGCAACUUGGACACACCUCUGGCGUUUGUUGUGACAACCCACUCCCUGCUUUCAAUGACAACUUCGUUAUCAUCCACUACAACGGUAUCUACAAAGUGGGGUUAGAUUUCUGCGGAUGCACUUCUGCUCAGCUACACAUCGUUCAACUACUACAUGUUCAUCUCUUUCCUGCCACAACAGUUGAUCCCAAAACAGCCACGACAUUUUGGGCACUGGAAUACUUUCAAAUGUUGUCUUUCGAGUCCAAAGUUUCCAUGUUUGAAUUUUACAAAACAGCUGCCCGUUUGACGGACAAUACAGGAAUUCAUGUACCAAAGUGGCGGUUCAUCAAGCAGAUGCAACACGCUGGUCAAGGUCAUCACCCAAAAGGUAUUGCAGCAACUGAACCAGGUGCAUGUGCUGUAUUAUGUCCUGCAUGUCCCCAUGUAGGAAAAAAUCUGCCAGAUGGAUGGGAAAAUGCACCAUCUGAAAUACAAUUCUUAUAUGCCUUAUUUCUGGGCAUUGACGCCAAUUUUCGUCUGGCUUGCCGUAACGUCUCUUCGGCCAUGGCUGAUCCUGGUCUCAAUCACGGAUAUGCUUUCUUUAUGAGUUCAUGCUCCAGUCACAAUGCGGUAAAUCUUGCAGAUACAAGAGUCUCAUGUGGGCUUACGGCCACUGGCGCUGGUACCAUCAAUUGCGCACGACACAAUUUCAAAUGGCCCUGCUCCAUCAGUGACUUACAAAAGGGCGAACAGUGCAUAAUGUUCACUUUUUACAUGCGAUCUUUAUUGGACAUAGUGGCAUUAAAUAUAUCGUAUGAUAUCGCUUGCCAAUGGAGCAAGCAUAUCUGGACACGUAUGUCCGCCUUCCCGCACCAGUACCACAUCAAGCACCACGAAAAGUCCAUUGUGUUUCUCAUACCAAAAUUUCACCUGCCAGCCCACAUCACCAAAUGCCAGACAUCCUUCUCCUUCAAUCUGAUCAAGGGCAUUGGUCGCACGGAUGGUGAAGCUCCAGAGCGCGGGUGGGCGGACAUAAACCCCAUUGCUACAAGUACACGCGAAAUGGGUCCCGGUUCAAGGUGUGAUACCUUAGACAACCACUUCAAUGAUUGGAAUUGGAAGAAGAUAUGUGCAAUGAGUGAGUUUAAUUUUCUGCCAAAAGUCCAAGAACGUGUCAACGAUCUCACCAAUUUCGAGGCUUCUCUUGCCACAGAUGAGCUAGCCGAAUGGAGGAAGGACAUUGAGGCAUGGGAGAAAGACCGUUCACGACCGAACCCAUUUGAAGACAGAGCUACGACAACAAUGACUCAGGCUGCCGUGUGUCUGGCCUUAUCAAUGGCAGAGGCCACAGAGAUUGAGCGCGGUAACGAUGUGUCCCUACAUGAUGAUAUCUCGCCAUCAGUACUGAUUUCAUCAGGAUUAGAACUUGAAGAUCAACAGCGCUGUCUUGAAUUUGAUGCCAAGGUGGUUGGACAACAUGCUACAGAUGUUCAGAAGGGAAAGCUCUUACAGCAGGUGAAUGCUCUUCGCCAAUGCAUUGACACAUGGGGCCGGGUACAGUUGUUGUAUAUGCCUGGCAUCUCCCACCUGUGGUUGCCAUAUGACGUUGCCACUGAAGCCAAGUAUUCCACCUCUAGAGGCGCACUUCUGAAUCUGGCAUCAAGGCUGGGCAAGAACGACAACUGGGAGAGGAGCCUGAAGCCACUCGACAAGCAAAAGGAUGCGGUACCACUCAAACACGACAAUGGCCGAACGAUGGGGCAGCAAAGUAUAUCGUGGAUCUGGAAGACUUCAGGCUCCAACAGCAACGAGCUAGGGCUGCAGGACUAUAAGUACGCUCUAACCACUGCACUAUGUGUUGAAUGGUGUAAGGCACGAGCGCAAGCUCAUUGCUGGGAGGAAGAAGUGCAGUUACUGUGUGAGGAAAUGCGCCGCGUCAUUGCAUUUCUCGACUGGCACGCUGGCUGGUGGGACACGCAAGGUUCACAACGUACUUUUAGCUCACUACAAGCCGGAGAGAGUGCACUUGCUUAUGCCCAAUGCCAGGCCAAUCUACGCCAAAAAAUGGCUGUCCACUUCAAAUCCAUGUGGGCAGCCAACUCUUCAUGGCAAGCCCCCCUCGCAGUUGAUCUUCAUUCCUAG